GGCAAAACCACAAGGUAUAGAGCAGUACUGGUAUAUACUUUCACACACCACAUUGACGGUUAUUUUCUUCACAAAAAACAACGACUCAUUCCGUACCCGACCCGACCCGACCCGUUGGACAUGUUACCGGAAACCUCAUCUUCUUCACCGGAGAUGGUGAAAAAGAAGAUGAUAAAGCACCGCUUCAGGUCCUUAAAGCUUGUAAACAUAAACAUGGAUGACCCUUUAGCUGAAAAGCCCUAUGGAGUUGAUGAGUAUGGUGAACUUGAUAAUGGCCUCACUUACUAUGUUAGAUCCAAUUCUAAGCCCAGAAUGCGUGCUGCUCUUGCUCUUGCUGUGAAAGCUGGCUCUGUGUUGGAAGAGGAGGAAGAGCGUGGAGUUGCCCACAUUGUGGAGCAUCUCGCUUUCAGUGCGACUAAUAAGUACACGAAUCACGAUAUUAUAAAAUUCCUUGAAAGUGUUGGGGCAGAAUUUGGGGCUUGUCAAAAUGCAGUCACGUCUUCUGACGAAACUAUUUAUGAGCUGUUUGUUCCGGUUGACAAGCCUGAAGUUUUACCUCAUGCUAUUUCUAUAUUGGCGGAAUUCAGUUCAGAGAUUCGGGUGUCAUCAGAUGAUUUGGAGAAAGAAAGAGGAGCAGUUCUGGAAGAGUAUAGAGGUACUAGGAAUGCUAAUGGAAGGAUGCAAGAUGCACAUUGGACGAUCAUGAUGGAAGGUUCAAAGUAUGCCGAACGUUUGCCCAUUGGACUGGAAAAGGUGAUCCGAACUGUCUCGCCCGAGACUGUGAAACAAUUUUACAGGAAAUGGUAUCAUUUGAAAAAUAUGGCUGUAGUAGCAGUUGGAGAUUUUGCUGAUACACAGACUGUUGUUGAGCUUAUAAAGACGUAUUUUGGAAAUAAAAUUUCAGCACCGGAUCCUCCUUCUAUACCACACUUUCCGGUUCCAUCGCAUGAAGAGCCACGUUUUUCAUAUUUGUUAGAAUCUGAAGCUGCCGGGUCUGCAGUUAUAGUAAGCUGUAAGAUGCCAGCGGAGGAGCUGAGAACUGUAAAGGAUUACAGGGAAUUACUUGUUGAGUCCAUGUUCUUUCAUGCUUUGAACCAGAGAUUCUUUAAGAUAUCUCGUAAGAAGGAUUUACCAUAUUUUUCAUGCUCGGCUUCUGCUGAUGUCCUUGUUCGGCCAAGUAAGGCCUAUAUAAUAACUUCUUCUUGCAAAGAGAAAGGAACUAUAGAGGCCUUGGAAUCAAUGCUUACUGAGGUGGCAAGGGUUCGACUACAUGGGUUUUCCGAGCGCGAAAUAGCUAUAGCCAGGGCUUUGUUAAUGUCAGAAAUUGAAUCUGCCUAUUUGGAGCGGGAUCAAAUGCAGUCAACCAGCUUACGUGAUGAGUAUUUGCAACAUUUUCUCCAUGAUGAACCCGUCAUUUCAGUCGAGUAUGAAGCACAGUUGCAGAAAACUAUAUUACCUCAUGUAUCAGCAUCUGAAGUAUCAAAUUAUGCGGAGAAAUUUCGAACAUCGCGCAGCUGUGUUAUUAAGAUUGUUGAACCUCGAGCUACUUCAACAGUAGAUGAUAUGAGAGCUGCCGUCCUUAAGAUCAAUUCUUUUGAGGAAGAUAAAAGCAUAGCUCCUUGGGACUAUGAACACAUCCCUGAAGAAGUUGUUAGCGUAAAGCCGAAUCCUGGUAAUAUAAUGCAGCAGUUGGAAAUCUCAAACAUUGGAGCUACCGAGUUAAUUUUGUCAAAUGGUAUGCGAGUUUGCUACAAGUGUACAGACUUCUUUGAUGAUCAGGUAAUAUUCACAGGGUUCUCAUAUGGGGGUUUAUCUGAACUACCGGAGAGUGAGUGCUACUCAUGCUCCAUGGGUUCAACAAUUGCCGGAGAGAUUGGUGUGUUUGGUCAUAGACCAUCAGUGAUAAUGGACAUGCUUGCUGGUAAGAGAGCUGAAGUUGGUACAAAACUUGGACCAUAUUUGAGAACCUUCUCCGGUGAUUGUUCUCCUUCAGAUUUGGAGACCGCCUUCCAGCUGGUUUAUCAGUUGUUUACAACGAAGGUAGAACCAGGGGAGGAGGAUGUGAAAGUGGUGAUGCAAAUGGCAGAAGAAGUAGUGCAUGCUCAGGAGAGAGAUCCUUACACUGCAUUUGCAAAUCGUGUGAGAGAGCUCAAUUAUGGAGAUGCCUGUUAUUUUAGGCCAAUCAGAAUGAAGGACCUUAAAAAAGUUAAUCCAUUCAGAGCUUGCGAAUAUUACAACAGUUGUUUUAAAGAUCCUUCAACAUUUACUCUUGUGAUUGUUGGGAAUAUAGAUCCUGCACUUGCCCAGCCAUUAAUUUUGCAGUACUUGGUAAGUGGCAUACUUCGUGGUAGCUUCUUCGGAAAGUUAAAACAAUUGAUACAUUAUGAUAUAUGGUGCACUAUUUGCUUGCAGGGUGGAAUACCUAGACCUCUUGAACCAAUUUUGCACUUCAAUCGUGAUGACCUGAAAGGCCUUCCGUUCACUUUUCCGACAUCAAUAAUCAGAGAAAUUGUUCGAAGUCCCAUGGUGGAAGCACAUUGUUUAGUUCAACUGUGCUUUCCUGUUGAGCUGAAAAAUAAAGAUAUGGUGGUGGAAGAAACUCAUUUUAUUGGGUUUUUGAGCAAGCUGCUUGAAACCAAACUAUUGCAGAUCCUUCGCUUUAAACACGGGCAGAUUUACUCGACUGGUGUUUCUGUAUUCCUUGGGGGUAAUAAACCUUCUAGUGAUGGUAAUGUACGCGGUGACGUAAGUGUAAACUUUUCCUGCAAACCAGAUAUCUCCUCGAACCUAGUUGAUCUUGCUUUAGAUGAGAUAUUACGUCUUCAGGAAGAAGGACCGUCGGAUGAAGAUAUUUUAGCUAUCCUUGAAAUUGAGCAAAGGACACAUGAAAAUGGACAGCAGGAAAAUUACUACUGGCUAGAUAAAAUAUUGAGCAGCUACCAGUCAAGAAUAUAUUCUGGUGAUGUUGGAUCUGCUUAUGAGCUUCUAGAUAAAUGUCGUUCUACAGUUAGGGAUAAAUUGACCCCAUCAACAGCACAGUUGGCAUUACAAAGGAUGCUACCUUUUCCUUGCAAAAAACAGUACACUGUUGUGAUUCUCAUGCCCCAAGAUUCUCGCUUCAAAUUACUGAAGUCAUUCAUUCCCUCCAUAGAGUUCGAGUAUGCUAAAAACGUGCAGGUUUUAGCUGGCAUAGCCGGCCUGACAGUUUUGGCUUUUAGUUUAUGGAGAUAUUCAAGAAACACAUUAAAAACUUAAAAAAAAAAAACAAAAAACAUUUAAAUAGAAUUGAAGUUUUGCAGCAACUGCUCGAAAUUGUAUAACUAAAUUGAGGUAUAGAUGCAUUGUGUAGCAUAUACAAGAAAAGACCAGAGAUGCAAGUUUAAUCUUCCCAA